GAUUAUUUAGAAGUUUUAAUACUGUUUCAAAACUUGGUUAAACUAUUUUAAAUGUUAAGGAUAUGUCCAAAAAGUGUAAAAUAGAUUAGAUUAUACUAGAAUACAAUAUGUCAGGAAAUAUUUUCAGUUUAGAUUAGAAAACUUUAAAUAGGUUGUUCAAAAGAUACAGUUAUUUUAGUUACAUUAGCAUUUUUGUUUGUAGUAAAUUGAUGGGGAAGGUAAAGUGAUCAUUAAAACAGACAAAGCUAAGAACUAAGAGUGGUUUUCCACUGAUGUUGACACAGUUGAUCUUCUAGGUCCACCUAUUGAUGAGGACAAGAUGGAUGUAAUGUUUCCUGCUCUCCCAUUGGACAAGCCGAAUGACAUUUUUGUGCAUGAUAAGAUCGGUGAGAAGAUGGCAGACCGAUACAGGCUGGAGACGCCUGCCUUCUGCAGCAAGUGCGGGAAGUCCUACUACCGCAAAGACGCUCUCCAGAGGCACAUGAAGGAGUGUGGACGAGUGCCUCCACUCUCCUGCUCCAUGUGUCCUUACAGGACGUUCCGUAAGGAUAACCUGAUGCGGCACAGCAUGAAGCACAUGAAGGUCAGCCUGACCGAGCAGGAUCCAGACGCUCCCCAGCCGCUCUUUCCUUUCACACCUCAGGAUCUCCUGCACAACCAGCCGCAGAUACUGGAGAGUAGAGUGAGGCUGGAGACGGAGGACCUGGCAGCCGAAGAGAAGGUAGAUGAACCAGAGACAAUGCUGGAGGAACGGAGUGAUGAGGAGUUAACAGCUGAAACCUCCAGCCAAGACCACAGUCCAGAUCAAGAGAAGAUCAUUGACCGCCGCCGCCUGGACAACCCUGUAGGUUGUGACACCUGUGGUAAAGUGUACUACUGGAAGGGGGCCUUGAGGCGACACAUGAAGGAAUGCGGCAGAGACCCCCCUAUGAUCUGCACGUUCUGUACUUACCGCACGUUCCGCAAGGAUAACCUCCUCAGUCAUCUGUUUAGAAAGCACAAUGUUUUGCAGAACUAGGCUAAGUAAGACUGAAGAGUAUGCUCUACUGUGAAACUUCCCAACCUCCAACACUUCUAAACCUUUAAUCAGCCUUCUUCUCAGCUGAAGAUAAUAUAUUAGAAUCUAUUUAUUUACAAAUUUCAUAGUAAACAGUAAAUUUGUUGUAAACACGUUCAUUACAAAUUACAUAAAUUCUAAGUCAACAAAUUAAUUUAUAUUAAUUUAUCUCUUUUUAGUGUUGUUACUUGCUAAGAGGUGAUUCUAAACAUUUUAGUGUAAUCUUAGCCCCAGGCGAUAGUAAAAUGUACGAGAAGAAUUGUGUACGUAGUACUAUAACGUUGUUGUUUAGAAUUCAGAUUGUUAUACUUUCAUAAAUAUACUAAUUGUUUUUUAUGUUAUAAGGCAAAAUAGAAGCACAACUUCUUUUUGGAAUAAUUAAAAAUAUAUUUUAAACUUCAGUGAUUAUUUAAGGAAAAAUUCUAAUUUUAGGCACGUGGAAUUCUUUUAAAUCAAAUUUUUAAACAUUUUAUAAAUAAUACACACACUUUAAAAUAUCACACACACACACACACACACACACACACACACACACACACACACAAUUAGGUGGCCAAAAGUUCAGCAACACUGGAAUAUUUCCUCAGAAAUGAGCUCAUGCAGGAUUUUUAUUCUCAUCAGUUUUUCAGAGGUUUUAUGGUUUACUUUGUUUUUGUUAAUGGAAACCCAUAUUUUUUCACCGCAAAUUCAUGUUUGUUCACAUAAUGAGAUUAAAACUUUUGUCUGAAAAACGUUAUUGAAACCAGAACUGACUAGCAAUAGCAAAAUAAAAAAACAAAAACUGAACAAAUAGCAAAAUAAAAUGUUGACCAUAAUCUUUUUUUGACAAGUAUAUUUUCUCUCGGUUAAAGGAAUUACUUUAAAUGUUCACAAUUUAUUAAUUAUCAGGAAGUUAAAUAUAAAUCCAACUUUAGUGCAGGAAAUCAGAACUGUUACUCAUUAUAUUGUUUAUAACAACUGCAUAGAGAGGUCAAUCUGUUCAUCAAUCACAAAAACCCCUAUAUGAUCCUAGUAACCCUCAGUAAACUGUCCUUACGCUAUUUUUAUGAGUCAUCCAAUGUAUGAAUGUGUUGGGCAAAAUUGGUUUACGUUAAUAUAGAGCCAUUACAAAAUUGUGUAUGUUACUACUCACGUGUCGCACAGCACAUUAUUGAAUAUAGACACAAGUUUUGUCUCAUCACCAACAGAAUCAUGAUUAUUUAUUAAUCUCUUGAUUAGUACAUCCCAAAUGUGUCUUAAAACACUACAGUUAGAGUUCAGAAGUAAAUUUGUAAAUAUUAAAUUAUCUUUUUAUAUAAUCAACUGACAUUCAUAAAUUACAUUAUUAGCUAUAGUUAUUGUCAA